UUGGUUUCCCAGGCAGGAACAGGGGUCCCUGUAAGUGAGUGGCUCAUCCUUUAAAGUCCUGGCUGUUUGAAAAGCUAGCUCUGACAAUUAGCUUUGCUUUGCUAAGAUUUUCAAUUAGACACUCUAAGUCAGAGAUUCGUAGCUCCAAAUUAGAGAACUUUCUCUCAUUUGUUUGCCACCGAGUUUAGCAAUCUCUCCUUGCAAGUCAUAAAUCUUUUGGUCAAUAUUUCUGCACCCGAAUAACGUGUUCUAGAGACUCCUCUUUUGAAAGUAUUUUGUCAUCAUUACUGAAGAGCGUUUAAACCGAGCAUGGAGCUUGGCUCGACUCUGGGGCUGGGAGAAAUCGUCUGCAGUUAAUUGCUGCUGUGAUCACCAGCCUUUUCAACACCGAUGAAGGAGCAGCCAGUAAAGGGUCAGGUCUGGGAUGAUGAGGCAUGUGUGCGAACUACCAGCUUCUCCUGGCACCUAACAGUUAAUACAUUUUACACCCAGUGAAGAGUGAAGCGGGGCUGCUGGCAAUCAAUCCUCCAGAAGAGAAGUAAACACAAACAAACAAACAAAACGUAAGAGCAAGAUUAGGAUCUGAAACAGUGAGACAGUAAGUGGGAAAAGUGGCAAGUAGCAAAAUAAUUUUAAAUGGGGGGGGGGGCGUGCAAACUGGGCCAAGAAGCCACACUCUCCCGGGGUUUUGUCUACAAGGCUCCCCCACUGGGUAACGGGCGGACGUCUUUAUUCUGUCUGAGGGGAAGGGAAAAAAAGGAAAGAACAGUACAUCAAGGACCCACCGGGGCUGGGAGCCUUUACUCCAGCAAGCCGAGCUCCCAGAUCCUUUCCGGGCAAACACACAGCGGAGGAAAUGAAAACGAGGAAAACAAUUUGUGCUUAGAACACUAAGAUGUAGUUUCGCUUUGCUUUCACUCCCAGAUAUAACGUGGUUGUAGCUGUUCAACGUAUACAAUAACAGGCAAGGGGUCCUAACUUUUCAAGCCGCGCCGCACAGGAGCCCCACUGGUGCUCCGGCCGGUCCUCCCGCAACAGCACAGUCGUGGGAAAGCAAAGAUACAGCUGUUUCCAGGCAAACGGCCCAGAACUGUUCAGCAUCAACCAGCAGAGUCGCCCAAGAACGGGAGAAACACGCCCAAAGCGACUCCCGGGCGCAAGUGUGGGGCUGUGAGCGGCGUGGGCGCGCGUGCCCUGCCCACCGGGCCGCGGCCCACCCGGGGGCGCCCGGGGCAGGCUAGGAGGGACCGAGCGGCGCCCGGGGAGGCCGGAUCGGAAGCAUGGACCGUCACCAGUGCUCGGCGUCCAGCCCUGCCCUGCGGCGGUGGCUGCUGCUGGGGGCUGUGACAGUGGGGAUCCUGGCCCAGAGCGUCCUGGCGGGCGUGAAGAAGUUCGACGUGCCCUGCGGGGGCAGAGACUGUAGCGGGGGCUGCCAGUGUUUCCCUGAGAAAGGAGGGCGGGGCCAGCCAGGGCCAGUGGGCCCCCAGGGGUACACCGGGCCCCCAGGCCUGCAGGGAUUCCCAGGACUGCAGGGCCGCAAAGGUGACAAGGGCGAGAGGGGGUCACCGGGGAUCACAGGACCAAAAGGAGAUGUGGGAGCAAGAGGCGUUUCCGGAUUCCCUGGUGCCGAUGGAAUUCCCGGACACCCGGGGCAAGGUGGGCCCAGAGGGCCACCUGGUCACGAUGGCUGCAACGGGACGAGAGGAGACGUGGGCCACCAGGGACCCGUCGGCCCCGGGGGGUUCAUUGGCCCUCCUGGGCCCCAAGGACCCAAGGGGCAGAAAGGUGAGCCGUACGCGCUUUCCAGUGUGGACCGCGACAAAUACAGGGGUGAACCUGGGGAGCCUGGAUUGGUCGGUUUCCAGGGGCCUCCUGGCCGCCACGGGCCUAUGGGACAGAUGGGUCCGGUUGGAGCUCCAGGAAGACCAGGCCCGCCUGGACCCCCUGGACCUAAAGGACAGCCGGGCAACAGAGGACUUGGUUUUUAUGGACAGAAGGGAGAGAAGGGUGACAUGGGACAGCCGGGACCCAAUGGGAUUCCAUCAGACAUCCACCAUGCCAUCAUCGGGCCCAUGAAGGAGAUGUUCCACCCAGAUCAGUAUAAGGGCGAAAAGGGGAGUGAGGGGGAGCCGGGAAGAAAGGGCAUCGCCUUGAAGGGAGAAGAAGGAGUCAUGGGCUUCUCGGGCACACGGGGUUCUCCUGGCCUCGAUGGCGAGAAAGGUUCACCAGGACAAAAGGGAAGCAAAGGACUGGAUGGUUAUCAAGGCCCGGAUGGACCCCCGGGACUCAAGGGAGAAGUGGGCGACCGCGGCCCCCCAGGUGCCCCUGCGUACUCGCCUCAUCCCUCCCUGGCCAAAGGUGUCAGGGGUGACCCAGGAUUCCCAGGGGCCCACGGGGAGCCAGGAAGCCGGGGUGAACCAGGAGACCCGGGCCCACCAGGCCCCCCUGGCACGUCCAUCGGAGACGAAGAUGGCAAGAGAGGUUUACCAGGUGAAAUGGGCCCCAAAGGCUUCAUAGGAGACCCAGGCAUCCCCGCACUGUACCCCGGCCCUCCGGGAACCGACGGAAAGCCAGGGCCCCGAGGACCGCCAGGGCCUCCCGGACUACCUGGGCCAGACGGUUUCCUUUUCGGCCUUAAAGGAGCGGAAGGAAAUGUGGGCUACCCUGGCCCUUCUGGUUUCCCGGGGGCUCGCGGACAGAAAGGCUGGAAAGGUGACGCUGGGGACUGUAAGUGCGCAGAAGGCGACCAGUUCAUCGGGGGCCUCCCGGGGCCACCAGGACCCAAGGGCCUUCCAGGCAUCAACGGGGAGCCUGGGAAGAAAGGGAGCCAGGGAGACCCCGGCCAGCAUGGCAUCCCUGGGUUCCCAGGGUUCAAGGGCGCCCCUGGCAACGUCGGGCCUCCAGGGCCCAAAGGGGUGAAGGGCGAUUCUCGGGCAAUCACCACCAAAGGUGAGAGGGGACAACCAGGUGUCCCAGGCGUGCCUGGCCUGAAAGGUGACGACGGUGUCCCAGGGCGCGAUGGGCUGGAUGGAUUCCCAGGCCUCCCAGGCCCCCCUGGUGACGGCAUCACAGGCCCCCCAGGGGACACCGGUUACCCAGGAACACCGGGCACGAAGGGCGCUCCAGGAGAGAGGGGCCCCCGGGGAUUGGGCCUGCCCGGCCCCAAAGGCGAGCACGGUUUCCCCGGAGAUGUGGGAUCACCUGGACCACCAGGCUUUCCCGGGCCCGCUGGUCCCCCGGGUGCUCCCGGACAGAUAGACUGCGAUACAGGUGUGAAAAGGCCCAUUGGAGAUGACGGACAGAAGACCGUGCGGCCAGAUUGCGUCGGAGGACCCAAGGGAGCGCCAGGCCUGCGGGGACCCCCAGGCCCCACAGGUGCCAAGGGCCUCCAAGGGAUACCAGGACCCUCAGGAGCUGACGGAGUACCAGGGCUCAAGGGUCUUCCAGGAGACCCAGGUCGUGAAGGAUUCCCAGGACCCCCAGGGUUCGUGGGGCCCCGAGGAUCCAAAGGCAUGGCGGGCCUCCGUGGCCCAGAUGGGCACCCAGGUCCCACCGGUCUGCCGGGGCCCAUCGGGCCCCCAGGGGACAGGGGCCUUCCCGGAGAAGUUCUGGGAGCCCAGCCUGGGCCCAGGGGAGAUGCUGGGCUCCCCGGACACCCUGGGCUGAAAGGCCCUCCGGGAGAGAGAGGUCCACCUGGAUUCCGGGGAAGCCAGGGCAUGCCGGGAAUGCCAGGCCUGAAGGGCCAGCCGGGCUUCCCAGGACCCUCGGGCCAGCCAGGCCUGCCCGGGCCACCAGGACUGCAUGGCUUCCCAGGAGCUCCUGGCCAGGAGGGGCCCUUGGGGCUGCCAGGCGCCCCAGGCCUCGGAGGUCUGCCUGGGGACAGAGGGGACCCAGGUGACAUAGGCAUCCCCGGCCCUGUGGGCAUGAAGGGUCUUUCUGGCGACAGAGGUGACCCUGGUUUGUUGGGUGAGAGGGGUCCCCCAGGAGGCCCCGGAUUUAAAGGAAUGAGUGGAAUUCCCGGUGUCCCCGGACCCAAAGGCAGUAGAGGUUCACCCGGGAUGGACGGUUUCCAAGGCAUGGUUGGGCUCAAGGGAAGAGCUGGGCUUCCAGGAAACAAAGGAGAGGCCGGAUUUUUUGGAAUUCCAGGACUGAAGGGUCUGGCUGGUGAGCCAGGUGUGAAAGGCAGCCGCGGGGACCCGGGGCCCCCAGGACCACCUCCCAUCAUCCAGCCAGGAAUGAAAGACAUCAAAGGGGAGAAAGGAGACGAGGGGCCUAUGGGGUUGAAAGGCUACCUGGGCCUAAAAGGUGUCCCGGGGAUGCCAGGGAUCCCCGGGCUGUCUGGAAUCCCCGGCUUGCCAGGGAAGCCGGGCCACAUCAAAGGAGUCAAAGGAGACAUCGGAGUCCCAGGCGUGCCCGGAUUGCCAGGAUUCCCCGGCGUGCCCGGCCCCCCCGGAAUCAUCGGGUUUCCCGGGUUCACAGGAAGUCGGGGCGACAAGGGAGCUCCGGGGAGAGCGGGUCUUUACGGCGAGGUUGGCCCCACAGGUGAUUUCGGUGACAUUGGAGACACCAUAGACCUGCCAGGAAGCCCAGGCCUGAAGGGGGAGCGGGGCGUCGCUGGAGCACCAGGUCUAAAGGGAUUCUUUGGGGAAAAAGGAACGGAGGGUGAAGUCGGCUUCCCCGGGAUAACAGGCGUGCCAGGCGUCCAAGGCCCUCCAGGACCUAAAGGGCAAGCAGGCUUCCCAGGACUGACAGGGCUACAGGGGCCGCAGGGAGAGCCGGGGCGGGCAGGAGCGCCCGGUGACAAAGGAGACUAUGGCUGGCCCGGGAUCCCAGGCUCACCAGGUUUUCCGGGCAUCCGAGGCAUCAGCGGACUCCACGGCUUGCCAGGCACCAAAGGCUUUCCAGGAUCCCCAGGUGUGGACGCCCACGGAGACCCCGGCUUUCCCGGUCCUGCCGGGGACAGGGGUGACCCAGGAGAGGCCAACACCCGCCCAGGCCCUGUCGGAGCCCCAGGACAGAAAGGGGAGCGAGGAAAUCCAGGGGAACGAGGCCCAGUCGGGAGUCCGGGACUUCAGGGAUUUCCAGGAAUCACCCCACCUUCCAACAUCUCUGGGUCACCUGGUGACAAAGGGGUGCCGGGCAUAUUUGGCCCAGAAGGUUAUCGAGGGCCCCCGGGGCCACCUGGACCUGCUGCUCUCCCUGGAAGGAAAGGAGACGAGGGCAACCCAGGAGCCCCAGGAAACCCCGGGACCAAAGGGUGGGGCGGGGACCCCGGGCCCCAGGGCCGGCCUGGCGUGUUCGGGCUCCCGGGAGUAAAAGGACCCAGAGGGGAGCCAGGACUCAUGGGAAACACAGGAGCCACCGGGAGUGUGGGCGACCCAGGCCCCAAGGGGCCCAAAGGAGACAGGGGACUCCCAGGUGCCCCCGGUUCUGUGGGAUCCCCUGGGAUUGUGGGAAUCCCCCAGAAGAUCACUGUCCAGCCAGGGCCAGUGGGUCCACACGGAAGGAGAGGCCCCCCGGGGGCACAGGGAGAGAUGGGGCCCCAGGGCCCUCCAGGAGAGCCAGGUUUCCGCGGGGCUCCAGGGAAGGCAGGGCCCCAGGGAAGAGGUGGCAUUUCUGCUGUUCCUGGAUUCCGAGGAGACCAGGGGCCCAUGGGACAGCAGGGGCCCAUCGGCCAGGAAGGGGAGCCAGGCCGCCCGGGGACCCCCGGCCUGCCCGGCAUGCCCGGCCGCAGCGUCAGCAUCGGCUACCUCCUGGUGAAGCACAGUCAGACGGACCAGGAGCCCAUGUGCCCCGUGGGCAUGAACAAGCUCUGGAGUGGGUACAGCCUGCUGUACUUUGAAGGCCAGGAGAAGGCGCACAACCAGGACCUGGGGCUGGCGGGCUCCUGCCUGGCUCGGUUCAGCACCAUGCCCUUUCUGUACUGCAACCCGGGUGACGUGUGCUACUACGCCAGCCGCAACGACAAGUCCUACUGGCUCUCCACCACGGCCCCGCUGCCCAUGAUGCCAGUGGCCGAGGACGAAAUCAAGCCUUACAUCAGCCGCUGUUCCGUGUGUGAGGCCCCAGCCGUCGCCAUAGCGGUACACAGUCAAGAUGUCUCCAUCCCCCACUGCCCAGCUGGAUGGCGGAGUCUGUGGAUUGGAUAUUCUUUCCUCAUGCACACGGCGGCCGGCGACGAAGGCGGUGGCCAGUCGCUGGUGUCUCCGGGCAGCUGCCUGGAGGACUUCCGCGCGACGCCCUUCAUCGAGUGCAACGGGGGCCGUGGCACCUGCCACUACUACGCCAACAAGUACAGCUUCUGGCUCACCACCAUCCCCGAGCGCAGUUUCCAGGGCUCGCCGUCCGCCGACACCCUCAAGGCGGGGCUCAUCCGCACGCACAUCAGCCGCUGCCAGGUGUGCAUGAAGAACCUGUGACGUGCGGGGGCCGCGCCCCGCACGCGCUUCUCGGGGGGCUAAACUCGGCCGGGGGGGCCACCUUGGUGCUCACUCUUAACUUAUUACCUCACACGCCGCCCCCAAAACCGAUCUCAUCCUCUCUUUCAAACUCUGACGGAAAGGCUGCCAAAGGAAUUGAGUGCCAGCGCUCACACCAAACAGCCCGUGGGCACCCGCAGGGGCUUCGGCACUGGCGACACCUGCCUCCCAACAGAACGGUCACCGCCCGAACACCCCCAUCAGGCCGUGCCACAGUGCUCUGCACUAGGUGUAGCUGAUGUCUCCACACGUGCCCUUAGAGUCACUGCGCUUCCAGACCCCGCAGACGACCCGCAUUGUUGAACCCGCCUAAUGGGGUGGUGUUGAUAAGCGAAGCGUGUCGCCAAGGGCUCCUGAACCCCUCGUGCGGCUCCCACCUGCGGGUAUCCGGGCCUCCGUGCUGGCAGCUCUGUUUCCUCCCAAAGACCCAGGAUGUGCCUCUUAACCCCUCAGGAAGGCCAGAUGUGCCUUUUAAGACUUUGAUGGUCCCACAUGAGCUCUCUUCUGUCCCCCCCCCCCCCGCCUCGUCUUCACAGACCAUCGGGAGACCUCUUAGCCACCUGUUGUCAGCCACGCCAUGUGGCACACUGUAGUCAGAAGUGAUGUGUCUACUGCCCCAGGUGGCCCCGGGGACUUACCCUCCAUUCUUGGUGACUCAUACUCCUAUGACAUAUCUAACCUCUGUAACAAACACACAAUAAAAGUUGGUUUUGAGCUUUUUAUA